AUGUAUUCGUACGCGGACCAGCCUACGCCACCCUUCAACUCGCCCUACCAACAACACACGUCACGGACAGGCUCCCUACUUGAAUCGCCUUAUCCUUCACCAGGUCGACAGGAGUCGCGACCCAACUACACUCACGGUCUUGGUCUAUAUGAAGUACAAUCAGUACAAAACGCUCUGCCUCCAUCACCUCAACCAUCGGAAAGUUGGGGUGGCCAUUAUUCAAACGAUGCCUCUGCAGAGCCUAUCGUAGAGCCGUACCUUUCAGGAGCUUUCGACCAUCCAGUCUCUCGUUCGCCAGUGCCGUGGAGUUCCGCUCAACCUUCACCUCCCACAUCACCACCACUAUACAGCCCGCGCGCCAUGUCUUCUGCCGCCUAUUCGCCCAGUGGCCCAAAGCCCUCGGCGUACCCUGAUUUGAAGAUGGAGGCUUCUUCAUGGAAUUCAUCAGUUCAUAUUGGAUACGGUACAGAAGCGCCAGUCACAAUGAGUGGACCUCCGUCGGGGCAGCAACCACUUACCGUAGCCCCAGAGCGGCUCAGCUCGACUAUGUAUCCGUACGAGCAUACAUACCCAGAGCCUGUCAUGUCUAAGUACGAGCCUGAGCCGAUGUACAGCUGCGAUGGCCGUACUUACGAAAGGACACCUUUGAUGGCCAGCCGUAGUAGCCCACAAGCCCAGAUUGCACAAACCACCCGGUAUGCCAACACAGCGUCGUUGGUAAAUCGCAGACGGGCCCGCAAUCGUAGACACACUGACCCUGCUAAGGCUGCAUUCCAUUGCGAGCUUUGCCCUGAGAGGGGCUUCGCAAGGAAAUACAACCUCAGACAACACAUGCUCACGCAUGACUCGUAUCGCCAGAGGGCGCAUAUCUGCCCGCACCCUGAGUGUGGAAAACAGUUUGUGCGCAAGACCGAUCUAGCUCGACACGAUCAAAGCGUGCAUACGGACGUCAGACCACACGUUUGUCCCAAGUGCGCCGCUGCCUUUCCACGCAAAGACACGCUCAGUAGGUCAGUAACGAUUCGAGCACUUAUUCCUUUCAUCUUCCUAAUAAAUGCUUAG